CGAUGAUAACGAUUAUAACGAAGUCGGCCGUGGAACGUUCGAUUUUAUUACAUUUUUACGGAAUCGCGAAGUAUGUAGGUGCAAAAUCAGGUCAUCGAUAUGAGCGCGCAAAAACACGGUGUCGAGUACCUCAAAAGCUACCCCGGUUUGUUGAAAAUAACCGAACAGGUUCUAAACCUGGCGAUACUGAUCUCAGGCUGCGCGACAGGCUUCUGUUUCCAAACCGUCAUCAUCCUGGUAGGCUGCGUGUACGCUCUAAUCACCACAGCCUUCUUUCUAAUCGUCAACUACCGGUGCAUCUUCAGGAAGUCCUCGUUCCCUUGGGAAUGGAUAGAGUGCUCUAAUUGCACGGCCGUGGCUCUAAUUCUGGCGCUCGGAGCCUCCGUGGCCUUGUCGGAGAUGACCAGGAUGUUCGUCGUUACGGGGAUUAUCGGGUACAUUACUGCGAUGGUUUACGUGUUAGAAACGAUCGAUAGAUUCAAAUUGGCCGUUACUCCAAGAGCUCGUUACGUUUGGACCACUCCGAAUGUGCCGAAUGUUUAAUUAUUUUAUAAUUAGUUCGUUUUUUU